CAAGACUGAGAACCACUGGUCUAGACUAAUAGUUUCCUUCUUGUAAAUACACAAUGUGACAGGGCAAACGAGGAACUGAAUUUCUGAAUUCAUACAGUAUUAUUCCAUUGCGUGGUAACACACCUUUACCGGUAAUCCACGCCCUGCCUCCUUCCACAGGAACAUGUAGAUAAAGAGUAAAACACAUUACAGAAUUUAGAAAGUAUUAAUCCCGCUGAGACAGUGUAUUGACUAAAGGAUAAGUUUAUUAAGUACAGGACCAAGAAUGGACAGAGGACUUCUCUUUGUGGCCUCUAUGGUGAUGGGCUGCCUGGCACCAGGUGUUAGUGGAAACGGACAUCUCUCGUUUGCCAAUAAUACGGAGGUGCAUAUCACACGGACAGGCUGUGGAGUGACUAAGCUGUGUGUAGAGACCCCAGAACAAUGUGAUCCUACAGGAAAAACAAGCUGCCUCUUCGCUUCCAUCGUCACCACCGCCCCCUCUCCUCCUAAUGGAGUAGACCUGUUCGUUGAGCUCCUUGGGGACUCCAGUGGAUACGUCGCUCUAGGACUGACUGCCAACGAGACAGAGGGAACGUCUAUGGUUUUUAUCUGUGCCCAGAACAGAAAUGGCAGUUUCUUCUUCCGCUCUGCCCAGCGCAACAACCUCAACAACACAAUUUCUCUGACACAAAGGAUUGUGAAAAACAUCACUGGCUCAGUCAAUGGGACUUUCAUACAGUGUCAAUUCAUGCUGCCAGCGGUUAAUGCAACAACCAGGACCAGUCAUGUCACCACCUUCGUCACCUUCCUCGCUGUGGGAAAUGUCACAAACGGUAUGGGUAUUGGUGACAUCAACAUACGCUUGACCAAUAAACCGUUGAACCUGGCUGACCCUACCAGCAACGUUGCAACAACAGCAGGCAGCAGCGCACUCACAUCCCAAGCUGUGAUGGUCCUGCUCAGUGUGCUGAUGUAUCGUCUUUCCUGAAGAGAACCUGAAGGUUAGCCAGCUUCAACACCAAUGGAAAGAGAACCCUUUUACCCUAAAUAUUUGAAGGAAAAUUGACUCCGUAUCUCAGAUGAAUUACUGUUACGUGCAAUGCUACUGUUAAUGUGGGAUCCUUGUAACUUAAAUGUGUGUGAAAGGGAACAAUUAGAAUGUACGUAUGCUAAAAGGAAUUAAUUGGUUCAUAAUGUACAGUUGAAGUCAGAAGUCUACAUACACCUUAGACAAAUACAUUUAAACUCAGUUUUUCCCAAUAUUUAAUCCUAGGUCAAUUAGGAUCACCACUUUAUUUUAAGAAUGUGAAUAGUGAUU